AUGGAUAUACCAAGUAUGCCACUCCAGCAAAUUUUGUCCAACUUGACAGAUAUUGCGGACGGAGUACGAACAAAUCCGCGUUUUUGUCAGAAUAUGAAACAACAGCUUAUGAAGUGCGGUUAUGAUUGGUUUGAUGAUAUUUCAAACGAACAUAAAGUCAAGGAACAAGUAAUGAAAGUACUAGCUGUGGCAGUAAAUGAAGCAAUUCAAAAGAAAGUAGAUUUCAACGUAGAUUUAAGUCUAGGAGACAUCGGUGAGGUAAAUCAAGAAUUGCAUCAGCUACUUGACAUUCCUGAAGACAAAUCCCUGGACGAUUACUUCUCCCUGAAAAUCUGGUCGUUGAUAAAUAACCUUGUUGAGGCAACAUCUCCUCUCGACAUGGCAGAAUAUCUAAAGAGAAGUGCGCCACAGUGGUUGGUAAAGAAUAUUAUCCAGUAUCAGUUUCAUAUGAGAUGGCACACGCACGGCGGCGAACCACAUGAUUAUACAUUCUACCAAUUCUGCGACAAGGUAAAUACAACCCAGUUCCUUAAGUAUAUACCGCGGCAGGCUCAUGUCAAGGCAACGCUGUACAAGGAGUGUCGAAGAAAAAGAAGAGUGUAUUAUCUGCGGAGUAUUACCAAAGAGACAUUAUGUCCCAAGGUGUAUAUAAGAACUACUCACGGGGUGGAAAUCAUGGCAGGCUGGUGGGGAAGGCGAAUUUAACGAAGUGGACAUUGACAAUGAUUGGUCCUGGAUUGAUCCAUCUAUUCGCAAGUUUAUUACAGAAAAUGCUGAUGAACAGAAAGUUGAAAGCGUUCAAAGCCUGGAGGAUUCUCUAGCUAAACCUACGCUUUACUGGGCAGUUCUGAACGACGGAGAAUUCUACUCUGGUGACAGCCUGAGGUUACAGGAAAUUGGUCGAACACAAGUCUACGUUGGCAAAGCAAACAACGGAAUUCGAGGACGAUGGAUUAAAGACAAAGAUAAUCAUUGCGCAAUGAUGAAGAAAUGCUUGGACAACGUGUGUGCCAUGACCACCUAUGAUCCGUCAACACUGGAAGGAAUCCAACUGGUAGAUGCCAGGCUGGCGUUAGCCAAAGUUAGACGGGAUCAUGCUAAAGAAUACAGGCUAAUGAAGUCAGGCGAUGACUUCCCCGAGAAUAGUGCUUUGUUUGUAAUCAAAACCUUUGGUGAUGAUGUCGAAAAAGCGGAAAUAGCUCAACAGAACGCUCAAGUACGUUUGGAUAAAGCUCAAAGAGAUGUGGAUAAAGCUCAAGCAAAUUGGCCAGAAACUAGGUCUGUCGCCUACAGUAGAUUACAACAAUUAAAGGCAGAAGUAGAGGAACGACAGGAGGAAUUGUACUUUGAAGCCAUAGCUGUUGUCAAUGAUACAAAAACAUUAACAAUUAGCAAAGAAGAGGCCGAAACUCAACUUAAACAAGCAGAAAAACAGCACCGAAAAGGUAAAAGAGUCCACGAAGUUUGGAAGAACAUUAUUCCGCAUAAAGACUGCAAUAUAUCAUGGAAACCAACCGACAUGGGAUAUGGAAUGAACUGUCAUUAACAUUCACGAUCGCGAAAUAUAACAAGAAUUAGGAGAAAUAGAUCUUAGAAGUGCGAUGUCACGCAAUUCGUGAAACAUAGAACUUCUGGAAUGUACAGUGCAUUGUGGGAUACGCGUGGGUCAAUAAUCCAUUGUUGGAAAAGUACAUGACGUAAACACUUCUAAGAUCCAUUGCCAUAAAUAACUUACUAUUUUUUACUUGUAAAUUGUGAUCAUUUUAUGAGCUGUAAACAUUCACUAAAACGAAAUAAGCAGUUUUAGAUUCCUGCUUACGAAAUGAACUGUUCAAGAACGCGUCAAUGAUGACAGUCUGAAAGCUUGGGGGUUGACAAUGUUACUCGCAGCGUUGCAUAUAAAACGAUUUUGAAGUACUGCACCUCAAUGUGAAAGAGAACAUUUAUAUGUUUUAUUAACUUUAUCUAUGAAAUUUUAA